CCCGGUUAGCCACCACGUGAGCUGCGCGCCGCUCAAGCUGAAGUGAGGAGCCAACAUGUCGGCGGCCGUAGCGGCUUCGGGAAAGCGGGGGAAGCCGGUGGGUCCGAGUGCUGGCAAGCGGCGGCGGAAGCCCGACGUGGAGGGGGAGCCGGGCCGGGCCAAGCUGGGCACCAAGAAGAGACCCAAGCUGAGUGAGGAGAUUUCCAGCGACUCGGAGCCGGAAAGUCCUGAGGACACGAGGACCAAGGAAGAGGAAGAUGAGGAGCUGGAAGAGACUGCCCAGGAGAAGAAGCUCCGGCUGGCUAAGCUGUACUUGGAGCAGUUGAGGCAGCAAGAGGAGGAGAAAGCAGAAGAGGAGGCCUUUGGGAAUGACCAGGUGGCUGGGCGGCUAAAAGAAGAUGUGCUCGAGCAGAGAGGUCGACUUCAGAAGCUGGUGGCAAAGGAGGUCCAGGCUCCGGUGGCUGCAGACAUCCGGGUCCUUCGGGGCCACCAGCUGUCCAUCACAUGCCUGGUCAUCACCCCGGACAACUCGGCCAUCUUCUCUGGAGCCAAAGACUGCACCAUCAUCAAAUGGGGUGUGGAAAGUGGGAAGAAGCUGCACCAGAUUCAGAGGGUGAAGAAGGGGGCCGAGGGCCAGCUGCCCGGGCACGCCGACCACAUCCUCUGCAUGGCGAUUUCCUCAGACGGCAAGUACCUGGCCUCAGGAGACAAGAACAAGCUGAUCCUGAUCUGGGACGCAGGCACCUGCAGGCACCUCUAUACCUUCACGGGGCAUCGGGAUGCAGUCUCGGGCCUGGCAUUUCGGAGGGGCACGCACCAGCUGUACAGCACAUCCCACGACCGCUCUGUGAAGGUGUGGAACGUGGCCGAGAACGCCUACAUAGAGACCCUGUUUGGGCACCAGGACGCCGUGACGGCCCUGGAUGGGCUGAGCCGGGAGAGCUGCGUGACUGCGGGGGGUCGCGACGGCACUGUCCGUGUCUGGAAGAUUCCCGAGGAGUCACAGUUGGUCUUCUAUGGCCACCAGGGCUCCAUUGACUGCAUCCAGCUCAUCAAUGAGGAACACAUGAUAUCUGGCUCAGAGGACGGCUCCUUGGCUCUGUGGGGCCUCUCCAAGAAGCGGCCCCUCACCCUGCAACAAAAAGCCCAUGGGAUGCGUGGAGAAGAAGGCUUGGAGCAGCCCUUCUGGGUGUCCUCGGUGACAGCGCUGCUCAACACGGACCUUGUGGCCUCAGGGUCUCACAGCUCCUUUGUGCGACUCUGGCGGUGUGCGGAGGGCUUCCGGAAGCUGGAGCCCCUCUGGGACAUCCCUUUGGUUGGCUUCGUCAACAGCCUCAAAUUCUCCAGCACGGGAGACUUCCUGGUGGCGGGCGUCGGGAAGGAGCACAGGUUGGGACGCUGGUGGCAGAUCAAAGACGCCAAGAACGCGGUCUGCAUCAUCCCCCUGCGGAGAGUGCCUCCUGCCCCCGCUGCCGGCUCCUAGCGCCUCUUUCCCAGAAGCCCUCCCCUCCUUAUUUAAGGCUCUUCUCUGCUCCCACUGUUUGUAUUAAACUGGCCUGUGGGUCACUCCAGGCCCA